UCUAUUAGUCCGGAAAAUCAUUGAGCUUCCGCUUCCUGUCAAGACAUCCGCUCAGCUACAUCACAUCAUAAUGCCAAAAUCAAAGGAAAGACUGUCCUCCACAUCUGGAAGUGACUCUGACAGUGAAGCAGAAACCAAGGCAAAAAGAAAGAAGUCCAGUGCACCAGAGAAACCAGCCAAGAAAGUAAAGAGUGGAGAGAGCUCCAAGCCAGGCGGCUCCUCCAAGGGCGGCAGUGAUGCUGGAGACAACAUGUUCCAGAUUGGAAAGAUGCGAUACGUCAGCGUCAGGGACUUCAAAGGGAAAGUCUUGAUUGACGUCAGAGAGUACUGGACAAACUCGGAUGGGGAGAUGAAGCCGGGGAAGAAAGGUAUCUCCCUGAAUCCUGAACAGUGGACCCAACUGAAGGACCAGAUUUCAGAAAUUGAUGAAGCCAUAAAGAGAUCAUAAGCAUUCCUUUUGAUGUUCUGUGUUAACUCAUUAUGUUAGUUUGCUAAGCGUUUUUGUAAAUAGCCUGUUGAUGUUUUCUAAUGGGCUAUAGUUUUGUAGAUCUAGUGGUGUCUGGUUUCUGUGUGUACUUGUUUUCAAAGCAGCUGAAGUAGAGGGUGGGUGGCUGGGUAGGUGUGUGAUCAAUACUGGUGGGUAGAGUCUAUGAGUACAGUGAUGUUUUUGUAUUGAAUAAAGAAAGGAGGCACUAGCUACAUGUGUAAGUUGCUGUUCAGUUUGAAUAUCAUGAACAUUUAAUCAUAAGAUUUUGUUUUCACUGACCUUUGUACUAUCUACCACACUAUCAGUGCUUAUAUUUCCAAAAGCCGAGUCCAGUCAUGGUGUCCCUGCAGCGGAUCAUGGUGGACCAUGGGUUAUGUUUUAAAAUAAAUGAUUGUGAUUAUACAACAAGG